ACGUUUUGUAGUUUAAACGACUGCAGUUAAAACUACUACCGGAUCCGUUUACGGCAUGACGUGAAGAGGAGCGUGGGAGGAAAGCAGCACACGUGCGUCCACAGCAGGACUGAGCUGAUGGAUGAUCCUCCGAACAGAGAGGAGGAAGAGGAGGAGUCGUCCCCGGUGGUUGGGGUCAGCCUGUGUGACUCCGCCCCCCUGCUGUGGAGGGCGGAGGACCUGCGUGCGGUGAGGUCUCAGGGCCUGGUGGGGGCGCUGCUGGGGUCGCUGGCUCGAACCCCCCGACAGAACAGCCGCCUGGGCCGCCCGCUGCUGCUGCUGCCGGAGGAGGAGAGACUACUGACGGAGCGCCAUGCAGCCGCCGCCGCACCGCCUGGGUCAAAGGAGGCAGGAGGGGCGGAGCUCCGUCAGCAGGUGGAGCAGUAUGAGGAGGAGCAGCAGAGGAGUUAUGAGGAGCAGAGCGUCCUCGCUCUGGAGGACAGGAAGUCAGCGCUGUGCAGAGCCAUGACGGUAUCACACAAAGAUCCUGGAGGUGGGACCGCAGAUGAGGCCCUGCAGGGCCGCCUGGAGGCCCUGGACCAGAGCUUUACCUUCCCUCGGUCCGGGAUGGCGGUCCAGCUGAGCACGGCGAGGGCAGGACUAUCGUACUGCCCCGAGGCCCGGGCCUUCCUGCAGGCUGAUUGGCUGAUGAGAAAGCAGGACGACCCAUGCGGCGCCGCCAGGUACCAGGUGUUCAUAGACCUGAGGGGGCGGGGCUUCUACCUGACCUCAGCGGGGAAGUUCGGAGGAGACUUCCUCGUCUAUCCAGGCGACCCUCUUCGUUUCCACGCUCAUUUCAUCGCCGUCUGUGUGUCUCUGGACGAGUCCGUCUGCCUGCUCGACGUCCUCGCCAUCGCUCGUCUGGGAUCCAACGUGAAGAAGACGGUCCUGCUCUGCUCGCCAGGGGCAGACGGAGGAGUGGCGUACACGUCGUUACAGUGGAGCGGGAUGGUGUGAAUAACCGACCCGUUUGUUCCUGCUCGUGUGUUCAGGAACAUGACGUUUACUCUGAGGAUAAUACAGCCACCGUUUCCUGUUCCCUUGUUGUUGUUGAGACCUCUUUCAGGACCGCUGCUGGUCCCCGUGCCUGUGUUUGGAACUGACUGACAAACAACAGGCCAACAUAAAUCUGUCAAAUAGUUUGUGAUUAAUGGAUAAAACAACAUUUAAUCACCUGAACUGAAACUAUUGAUUACUGAUUGUUCUCCAUGUGCAGACUGUACAUAUGGAAGAUUUAAAAUGCCAAAGAAGUAAAGAGGAAUUGCAACUAACACGUAUUUUCAGUAUUGAUUAAUCGGACAAAUAUUUUCUCAACCAAUCAAUGAUUUAGUUUGUGUCUUGAAGUCUGCUGUGAUGCUCGUAAAUUUCCUGUUUUGUUCAAUCAAACAUAAAAAAGAAGCAAAUUCUCACAUCUCAGAAUCUUGAAACAUUAAAUAUUUCUGCUAGAAAAAU